GCUCGUGUCUCUGCUGUUAACCUUUCUCCCCCCACCCUCACCUCCGCUCAAGCAAAGUUGACGUCUCCUACUACAUCGUCGUUUUCCAGUAUUUGAGAAUUUAGUUGCGGCUAUGUCAUUACAUGACUCCGACAGGGGCGACAUAUACGUUGCAUGCGUGACGAUAAUGCUACACUACACGCUAGGUUGAGUCGUGCACUGCUAACAUUGCCAGGACCUCGCUGUCCCAGUCCCACGCUCUCGAGCUUGGGGCGCAACUUAUGGAGAGCUUCUGGCGCCUUCAUUCAACACCCCUGUUAGCAAAAACAAAGACCCCGUCUAUAAGUGGGAUGGGAUAUGCAGACCGGCGCACGCUGUCCACUAUGAGUUUCGAGCUGGGGACGAAUCUACAAAAUGGCACCUCGUGCAUGCGAGUGGUACUCAACAUUGUUGCGCCGCGUUGACGGCCAUGAACCGCUCAUGCCAGGAUGCCGUUGUCGAGAGGAUUUGUUUAUGAACAAGAAGGCGAAACGUCACAUUACGGGUUGCAAGCUGCCAUCAACAAAUGACACCUUGCUCUCCGCCGCGACGUGACUAUUUCGCAACAGCAUAUGCCGGAGUCAAAGCAUCUUUGUUGGCGACAGUAUAUUCGUACACCACUCUCAAGGUAUUUCAGACUCAUGUAAAACCUUUCGAAUAACGUGUUUCGACCCCACAACGUAGUCUUGUCUCAAGCACUUGUCCACCGAUCCAGAAGCAAGCGUAGAACUUGAGCAUGGCCGCCAGUACAAUACAACCUUGGUGGGUCCUGGCCACGUUCAAGCUCUGUCAGUUGUAAGCCACGACACAAACCAUGCCUAGACCUGCAUCAUUGCUGGUAUCGAACCGGACAUCGCGAUUAUGGCUACAACAGCGCUACCUACAUCGCUAGAAGAAUGUCGGAUAUCGAAAUUGCCCUCUACAGCGUACUAUAUUCCGAACUUCAUUAGUGAGGAGGAAGAGCAGCAAAUCCUAGAGAAGAUCCAAACGGCGCCAAAGCCUCGAUGGAAGCAAUUAACACAUCGGAGAUUACAAACUUGGCCGUCUGACCUAGUAAACAACAAGCUGGUCGAAGCACCGCUGCCCAACUGGCUCGAGGAGCCAGUCAUUUCACGAAUCCGUUCUAUGGCGACAUCAGAACAAAACGAUCAGCAUUUAUUUGACCAAAGCCCCCAUAAACGACCCAAUCAUGUUCUUAUUAACGAAUAUCCGCCAGGUGUGGGCAUCAUGCCCCAUAAGGACGGAGCCGCAUACUGGCCUGUAGUUUGUACCGUCAGUCUCGGAUCAAGCUUGUGCCUAGGGAUAUACAAAAGUAAGGGAGACGGAGCCGUAGCGGCCGAUCCCACGUGGCGCAUUCUACAGGAACCACGAAGCCUGCUCAUCACAACAGACUCGUUGUACACCGAUUUCUUGCAUGGCAUUUCCGACAUCGAACAAGACGAAGACAUAUCAUCUGAAGAUAUCGUAAAUUGGGAGCUCUUAGGACGCCCCCAAGGCUUUCAAGACGGUGUUAACGUACGCCAGCUGCGGACGAGCCUUACAUAUCGCGAUGUAUUAGCAGUGUCGACUUUAGGGGCCAAACUAGGCGGCCUGUUUAGACGGUAAAUGAGUCUAUUAGACUAAAGAAUGAACGGAAGCAUGGCCCAUUUCCUCUUCACAUUUUCUUUGCCAAACUUGGCCAUUGACCAUUCCUUGGUGCCAAUGGCAGUAGCGCCCAGAUUCACUGCGACAAACAAAACGCCAGUCAGCACCGUCACAUUCACCAGUUUACCCUGGGGAGCGGACACUAUGGCCAAGGAGAGAUAUAUCAGACACUCGCAUGUGUAAUGCGGGCAGACCAAAUAUCGGAACAAGCCCUCGCUGGGCAGCGUGUACUUUUGCAAGCUCGCCAGGUGCUUGUGGCAUAGAUACUGGUUUACCCAGCCAUACAAGAAAAUAGCAAUAGAGACGGCCACUCUAGGACUAGUGAUAUUCGCCUGGCACCCUGUUACCCAGAAGUCCAGAACUGAAGCUGUUGAACCAUUGCGUUAGCAACCAAAUCUUAUAUUAACCAUUUUGUAGAUGGUGCACUUGUCGUUUCAGCAGACUUACCGGAAUUCUCAAUCCACAGAGACACCCCUAUGAAAGCGUAAAACAGCAAUCCAAGUGCCCAAUGUGCCACCAGCAUGCCAGAUUUGCCUGGCUUCAGCACAAACAUGCACUCAUAGAAUCUCCGUGAUCCUUGCAUGAACAUCAUCGUCCAAGCUACAAAGAGUCGUCCAAGAUUUGCCGCUCUAUCAGCUUCCGUUGCAGCCGCCGUAUUUUCCAAAAGAGCAGCUUGUCUCUCGACAAUGAGCUUCAGAACUGUACCUCGGGUGAGGAUUUGCCAUGCCCAAAACACCGAAGUUGCCACCGAUAGCACGUAAAAGUGCCAGAACCAGGAAUGCGGCACACGGCUGACCUUGAUCAUGCCAUGUAGAACCUUUUCUAUCGCAUUCUUAUCAUCCUUCGCGGUUGCCUUAUCCCCUUGCGCAGAAUUAUCUGCCCUGGCACCGUAUUCCAUAAGCUGAUCGCGCAAGCUACGCGGAAGGGCGUGGAGUAGUACUAUGCCCCCUGCCGCCAAAAGGAAAAACAAUUGGAUCCAUUGUGAAGGUGGUAUCCGAAGAAGAUGUUGUAAAAGUGAUUCAACU